CCGCUCCUGGCCGGCAGCGCCGCGAGAUACGCCGCUCCUCCCCGCGGGCUCGCAGAGUGGUGCGGCCCCGUUGCCAUGGCGGCUGUGGCGUCGGAAGGGCGGGGGGAGCAUGGCCGCGCUGGUUCGGCUGGAGGCGAGGCUCUCGCGGCUGCGGGAGGAGUAUUUCCUCAAGAACAGAUCUGUGGAUGAAGACAGAAAAACAGUGUACAAAGCUGCUGUCAAAAUUCAGAGCUGGUUUCGAGGAUGCAGAGUCCGAGCCUAUCUGAGAUAUCUGACCAAAAUGGCGAUUUCUAUACAGAAAUGGUGGAGAGGUUAUCAAAGCAGAAGAUACUUCAGAAAAAUGAUUAAGACAGCAUAUUUUAUUAUGAAGAUGAAUUUCUACAAUGAAAUGGCUGUCAGGAUUCAGAAGAGAUGGAGAGGGUAUUACGUCCGAAAAUAUACCCAUAAUUACUAUGCACUGAAGAAGUACCUGGGAGCCAUUUCUCUGAAUAAUGAGAUUGUCAGGAAUGAGCUCCAAGAGUAUGCAGAAAUGAAUGAAAAGGAAAAGAAGAAGAAAGACCUAGAAAAGGAAGAAAAGGAAAAGAAAUACAAAGCCCGAAAGAUGCAUUACCUCCUUAGCACUGAGCAGAUUGCAGGCAUAUACAAUUCACCAUUCAGAAAAUCCCCAGAUCCGAUGGAACUACUGCUCCGGCAGUCAAAGCCAUUGAGCCACAAGCAGCAGCGAGUGAAGAGUCCCUACACAUAUGAUCUCUAUGACUGGCCAACUUGUAAAAGACCUCCAACUUUCCCCACAGGAGAGGCCCUGCCGCCCAUUGGCAGACAGAAACCUCAGGGGCCUUUCCGUGAUACCGCUGAAGUAUUGCGGCAACGCUACAAGCCUUUGGAACCAACACUGCGAGUGGCAGCAUCAAUCAGUUCACCACUAGAGAAGGCCAGAGAGGAAAUGAAAAGGGAGGAAUGGAGAAAAUGUAUACAUGACAAUGAAUUUUUGCCAUUUUCUUCACAUCAUAAAAAUGAGAAGUAUGACCUGUCAAUUCAUGCAUCAGAAAAAAUUGGCAAAGAAACUUACGGAAUUAAGCAUUUCCGAGAAGUACAGCCUAAAAAGUGGAUAGCAGGCAAGGACUUUCAAACUGUGUUACCAUCGAUUGUUCUCUUCGAGAAGUUUGGAAAAACUUACUCAAAAGCUGGACAAAUAGUGUAAUCAUUCUGUAAACUAUGCAAUGUAAGACACUUGAUAAGUAAUCAAUAAAUGUAAUACAGCAAAUGCACAGCAGUAUGUUGACUGAAUGUUCCAUAAAUUACCUUUUUGUAAAGUGAUGUAUACUAUGUCUCAAAUACUGUUAAUUGAUUUUGCUUGAUAUUUAAGCAAUACAGCUUUCAACAUUAAUCAAAGGUGGGUUUUUUUUUGUGCAAGCUUUUGAAAAAGAAGUCAGUAUUAUCUUAGGAAAAUUGAAUGACACUUAGAAACUAUUUCUGAACAUGCUUUUAUUUAAAUGCAAAUUAUUUAUGAUACAAAACUAGAGAAAUCAAGUAAAAGACUCCAAAACACACUUAUUAGGGGUUUGCAAGUGAAGCUAGCUCUAAAAAAGAGAAAAAUUAAGAAAAGUUAAAAUAAAAAAGAGUUAAGUCUAUUUUUUUUUCUUUCAACUACAGAUAUACCCGUUUCAUCAUUGUUCUUCAUCAUUUUCUCUAUUAAUCUACAUCCUUUUUGAAAUCCAUCUUUUCAGAGGGACAGUGGAAUUAGGUAGGCUUUUUAAAUAUAAGAUGCUAUUUUAAAAUAUUUUAAGUCCUCGGUAGGUGAUAUAACUUUACUGUUGAAUAAUGAAAGUUCUAUCAGCUCCAAAUAUACCUUAUUCUUAAAUCACUUUUUCUAUAUCUACUUAAUUUUCUUUGUCAAUGUCCUGUAUUAAGCAGCAUUUUACAUAGUAACGUAUUUGUGUGAUGUUUAUCAAAGAACAUAUGUGAUCUCAAAACUGGAAUUAGACUGCUGUGUUUUCUAGCAUGCAAUUCAACUGCAAAAAGUUGAAUAUCUUCAAAGCUCAUUAAUUUCUAAAGACUCCAAGAAGUUCAGCAUUUUGUCAAGACCAGAUCAUAAAUUCAAAGUGCACAAAUGAGUUUUUACAGGAGUUUUCAGUUACCACACUCUCUCUUCAGUUCAUUUGAAUGCGUUUGAAUCAAGUAGUAUUUUAUCAGAUAGUAUUUGAUUAUAGUGUUUGAAUGAGAUAUUCAGUGAUAGGCUUUUUAUUACUGAAUUUUGUUUUAUUAUUUUCUUGUCCUCUCCAAGUGUUCAGGAAAACUCUAUAGGAUGUAGGUUUAUGUAAACAUGCCUGAGCACUUUCUGAACUAGGAUUCACAAAUUUCACUUCCAUAAGAUUUCAGCUGUUUGCCACUGUGGAAAAGUUCUAGAGCUACGCAAGAGUGAAAGCUCUUUCAGUUCCGCUGCAGUAGGUUAUGAGUUUAAGUAUUGGCUGUAGUGUUGCUACUUUUUGGAAUUUGUGAUUUUCAAGGUUUGAAAAGUUUCUUGUUCUACAUGGAAAUGAGAAAUUCAUUCUGAAAAGUGAGAAGGAGACACCUCAGUGGAUGAGUCUCCCCAUUAAGAUUUAAUCUCAUCAAAUGUAUUCAGAGUGCUUUAGCCGUUUAUAAAGGGGAUUGAGCAUGAUACAUUUUUGCAAAACUGUUGAUAAAUAAAGAUGCCACAGUAAUUUUUAGAUAUGAGAGCUAUCUAUUUGAUUGCUUCAGCUUUAAGGUAGUUCAUCACUUCAGAGAAAUUCACCCUGUGUUACCUUUUUAACUCCAUACCACAGUUUCCCAUCAGUUCGAUUAGAAAUGGCAAUGCCUUUAUCAGAUUAGUCUUUCUUUCUCUUUCUUCCUUUCAGUAUCUCUGACCCCAGGACAAAACAAAGCUUGCCAUGCAGAUGAGCACUGGAAUAGCAGUAGUGCUCCAUAGCAAAGGGUCUGCAGCACAAAUGAAGGUUGAAACCUUCUUGUUUAUUUUAAUUGUCUGACUAAUGCAUAUAUAUAUAUAUAACCCAAGAAGUAUAGGUGCAUAAAUAAAUAUAUUUGCCUCCUCUUAACAAACAAUGAAACAAGUGAAAAAGCGAAACAACACAAAAGGCAAAAAAAAAAAAAAAAAUUAGUUUCUAAUUAACUAGGUACUUCUCACAAGCCUCUUUACACUGUUCACUUUUAUUGAUAGAUAAGCAUUUCUCCCUCCUUCCUUCCCUUCCUAACUUCCUCCCUCUGUUACUGAAUAGUGUGUACUUUAGAGGAAAUUUUUCUGUUUUAUAGGGGAUGUUGCAACCUCUUCUCACAGUUCAGUCUUACAAACAUAGGAUGGCUAUAGAUAGAGGCACAGGGAAAGGAACUGAAAAUCUGAAGUGAACUCAUGAAUCCGAAAGAUAUAUAGUUCCCUAGAAAUCUAGUGGGAUAUGACAAUUGACAGACUACUCACAGCAGUAUCCAAAAAUCAAAAGAAUCACUGCAAUGCCAGGGAAGUAGAUGACUAUAAUUUGUAAGUCCUUAAGGGAAAAAAAAAAAAAAAAGGAAGGAAAGAAGGAAAAAAAAUACAAAAAAACCCCAACCAACUCUAAUUGCCUCAUCGUCAGCAUGAAGCUAGAAAUGCACAAUCCUUGCUUCUCAGACGUGGAAACACAAAUGUUUUGUUGUCAUUUGCACUGAUUGAAUCCACUUGCAUAGAAGAGAAAAACACUGUUGGGCAUUUUCAUAUUGUAUGGCUAAAGAUGCUUAUCAAAUAUCUUCAGGAAGCAGCAGAUACUGGGAAGAACCUGUAAUACUGUCUUGCUAGCAGAAUGUUACUAUGCCACUUGUCUAAUGCAUAAAAAGAUUGUAACUUAAUACUUUGACACUCAGUGCUACCUGUUCACCUUAAAUACGUCAUAGAUCUUGACAGAGUCAAACAAUAAUUUUAUUUAUUCCUGUACCACAUACACUGGCCUACAUUCCACGUAUUAAAGAUUCAAACCAUUUAUGCUAAUAAUCUUUGGGUUUAACCACUAGUGGGGAUCGCUGCACUUAUAAAAAGGAUUCAGGCAAAGUCAUUAAAAUGGAAUAUUUUUCUGCUACAAGUUGCUCACAGGAUCUCAUGUUAUGAGAAUUUUCUGGGAUACUUGAAAUGUCUGGUAACAUUUCUUCUCAAAGAAUCUAUCUGCUGUUAUCCUGUGGAUUAAAGAUCUUUUGGUGUUGCUGCCCAAUAAUUUUGUUUGAGUCCUACAUAAAUGAUGUCAUUAACACAGAAAAUCUCUUAAUUUAAGCAAUCUAAGGGCUGUCUUCUGGGCUGAUCCAAGACGCUCUCAACACUCCUCAUAGAAAACAUUUAGCUUGUAAUGCCCUCUAGAGGCAGAAUAACAUUAGUAGUGUUGACUACAUUUUGAUUUACUCUGUAAACAAUUUUCUGGUCUAAAUUUGAUACUGAAGCUUUCAAGCAAAAGGGCAUUUUUUGGUUGGUUAGUUGUUGUUUAAAAUAAGCCACACUUCAAAUUGUAUGAAAGAGGUCUGAUGGUAGGAACACUGUGAGUGAUCUAGGUCCUUCAUUCUGGAUUUACAGUGAAGGCUGUGUUCAGCUGAGCUGUGACCACAUUUUAACUGCAAAG